AUGGCGUCGUCGUUCGACUCGUUUGAGGAUGACCAGCCACGUACUCAUCCAUCGCCCGGUCCGGGGGUGGAAACGGGUGGUUUCUUCGACGACGAUGACACCAACGACAUCGAUAACGAUUCCCAAUACGGCAACAACCUCACCGUUGAUACAAACACCAAUCCUCAAUCUCCUGAUGUUUAUGGCUUUGGAGUUUCAACACCCUUCAAUGGCAACCAUGAUGAUGAUGAUGACGACGACGGAACCUUCGCUUCCGCCGGCGGAGGAGGACCCUUGCUCCCUGAUCACACCCAAAUGCAGGAGGAAGGUUUUGCCAGGCGCGAAUGGCGACGUCAAAACGCAAUCCAUCUUGAGGAAAAGGAGAAAAAGGAGAAGGAGAUGCGUAAUCAAAUCAUAAAGGAAGCUGAAGAGUACAAGAAAGCUUUCUAUGAGAAGAGGAAACUCAGUUGUGAAACAACCAAAGCUAACAACAGAGACAAAGAAAAGCUGUUCUUGUCUAACCAAGAGAAAUUCCACAAAGAAGCUGACAAACAUUACUGGAAAGCAAUAGCUGAGAUCAUCCCUCGGGAGGUUCCGAACAUUGAGAAGAGGAGAGGGAAGAAGGAAGCUGAGAAUAAGCAGCCUGCAGUGCAUGUAAUUCAGGGUCCAAAGCCAGGGAAGCCUACUGAUCUUUCAAGAAUGCGCCAAAUGAUCUUGAAGCUCAAACAGAACCCUCCAUCUCACAUGAUGCCACCAAAAGAAGACAAGGAUUCCAAAGCCAAAGAAGGCAAAGAUGGUAAGGAUGCUAAGGAAGGGAAGGAUGAUAAGAGUGAAAAGAACAAAACACCAACAUCGGCUGCAGCAAACAAACCUGCUACCCCAGCAAAAGGUGCUCCUGCUAGUGGGGAACCAAAAUCCCCUGCUGUAGUUGAGGGUGACAAAGUGGUUAGUUCUGAACCAGCAGCUGCUAAGUGA